AUGUUAGCAGAAUCCUACCGUUACGGAUGUUCCGAAUUUCAAUAUAGGGCACUAAGCACUAAAGCUAGAAAGAGGAAACUAAGUAGCGCUGUCAUUCAAGAUAUCACCAGUGUGCAUAAACUUCAGGGUAUAUAUGCAGAUUCGAAAGAUCCAUGGUUUCGUUCUGCUGCUGGCGAAACAAGACAUCUUCGAGCACAAUUUCCCCUGGGCCACUCCACAAGACCUUGCAUAGACCAAUGUAGUAUGUAA